AUGCCAAAGAAGGACGAAACGGAUCGCCCUAGCAAGCGGUUGAGCGCUGAGCCAGAGGGAUUUCGAGGCUCUCAAAUCGAUUCUGAGUCGGAGAGCGACGAAGAAACCCCACCUCCCAAACGAACUUCGAAAUUGUCCAUCACAAGACUCUCUCUUUCCAAAUCCGCCAUGGGAGAAUCAGGUUCUGUUGCACCAAAGCGAGUCUCUGGGGCUUCCAACAAGGACGUGAAACGAAUUUCCCAUUCGACUGCACCAACGGUUGUGAACGACGGCUUUUGGGAACGUCAAUCUAUGCGAAUUGCUCGUAUUCCAAGAAUUUUCUUGUCGACCACGCUGCUCGUUUCGGUCAUUCUUUCUGUGGUGGGAUUCACAGUGGGAGGAUUUGAUGCAAACGUGGACAAUGCAGGCUGGCAAAGUCGUGGAACCGAUAUUGCCAACAAGCAAACACAGCUUUUGCUUGUGAGCAGAUUCAAGGACGAGCUCUUUGCCGAAGGUGAACCAAGAUGGAGAGAUUUGCUUUCGAACGUCCAGCCGGGAUGGCAAACUGAGAGUCUAGGGGAUGAUGGAACCGAUGAUGGUCUGAGCCGUCGGUUGAAGUCAAUCGAGAGCGAGGAAUCCCAGUGGUACCUUGAGACCAGUCACCGCGACCUUCAAGCGACUUUGGAUUUGGAUGUGGCGGAUCUCGGACAACGCCUUAUUGCUGGUCUUCCCAACUGUAACAUUGGUUGGUAUGCCAACAUUACGGAUCUACUCUAUGAAGAACAUCUUUGGCCUAUCUGGAAGACCGAAAACCCUUCUACCACUCUUCUCAGUCCUAACAUGAUCAAGGAUAUUUGCGUUGCAGAAGAGAACACUCAGCGAGUUUUGGAAGCCAACAACUUUUGCUUUGGAUGCCAAGAAGGUUGUCUACCUCCUUACAGUCCUGUCCUCUUUGCGCGCAUUGUGGUGGAGAAUGGAUUUUCAAUGACCUGUCAACAGCUCAGCGAAGGUUGGACCCAAUACCAAGCUGCAACAGAAAACUCGUGGGCGGCAUGUACCAAAGAUUUGAAGGAAGUGUACGACAAGGACGGUUUCACAAUGCCUACAUCUUGUCCUCCUGGUUUCACUGCUGCACUUGUGGAGGAGAACUUUGAUAGCACAAAGUUCAUGACGUACACUUCGUCGAUCUUUGCAACCAACGCCGAUCCAAAAGUCAUGUAUGAUUUCGUUGAUCAAUUCGAUCAGGGAGUUGAAGAUGUUGUUUAUGGUGCCUAUGAUACUCAAUACGAAGGAUUCAACAAAAUCUUCACUGAUUCAGUUGUUGGUCGUGACAUGGCAUUGGCUUGCGCUUCUGCUUUCAUCACCGCAAUUGCCAUUCUCGUUCACACCAAGAGUCCUUUCAUCACUGGUAUUGGUCUGCUACAGAUUAUUCUCAGUUUCCCGCUUUCCUUCUUUGUCUACACCCUUCUUGGUGGUCUUGAUUUCUUCCCCUUUUUGAACUUUAUCGGAGUCUUUGUUGUCUUUGCUCUUGGAGCUGACGACAUCUUUGUAGCUGUUGACAAAUGGAAGAACGCACGUAUCGAGAAUCCAGACGCUGACACUGAAAUCAUUGCAGCCAUUGCCUUUCCAGAUGCCGCAGGAGCCAUGUUCCUAACUACCAUCACCACUGCGAUUGCUUUCUUCGGAACUGCUAUCUGCCCAGUGGCACCUAUCAAAAUGUUUGCAAUCUUUUGCGGUUUGCUCAUCAUGUUUGACUACUUGAUGUGCUGUAUGCUUGUCUUCCCUGCCUUGUGUAUUUACGACUCCAAGCUUCGGGCAGAUAAAUCUAAUUGCUGCAAUGCUUGCAAUUGCGGCAAAAAGGAGGAAGGGGAGGAUAGUUUGGAAGACGAAAACAAAAUGAGCCUCAUCCACAGAAUCCUCUUUGGAUACUACAACAUUCUUCACAAGUUCCGUUGGGGUCUCAUGGCUUUGUCUCUUAUUGGAUUCGCUUUGGCCUGCUGGGGUGCAACAACUCUCAAACUUCCAACAAGUGCCGAAGUUCGUCUUGUUGGAGAGGAUGCCAUUCAGUUUGAAGAAAACUUCCUUUGGCGUGACAACCUUCUUCAAUCGAGUCUCGAUAAGUCAGGCGGCAGCACAAUUCUUGUCGCUUUUGGAAUCGAACCAGCUGAUACAGGAGACCAAAACAACCCAAAGAAGUGGUCCCAACUUGUUCUUGACAACACCUUUGAUGCUGCACCUGAAGCGAGUCAAAGAUUCCUGGAAUCUUUCUGCCCUGAAGCGUUUGCCGAAGAGUUUUUAGCUCCUGCUAGUGUUGAUUACGAAUGCCCAAUCAACCGAUUUGCGGCUUGGCUGCAGACUGAGUCUGCUAAAGAGAGUCCAGAUGCAGGUUAUGCGUCCAAGUGCGGUGGAGCAAGUGGCAUUCCAGUUCCAGAGGCUAACUUUGAUGCUUGCUUGAUGGAAUGGGCUGCACAAAACGAGGAAGAUACCGUCCUUUCCGUGGACAAUAAGGUCCGAAUCAUCAUGAUGGAAUUCGCAAUCCGCAUCCGUUUCGACAGUCCCUUCGACGACCUUGAGAAUGAAUACAACACUAUCGACGGUUGGAUGACCGCCAAGUCUGCUACCGCACCAGAGACUGCAAACAAGGUCAUCUUCUCAUCCCAAACCUUCUGGUGGUUCGACACGAACAGACAAAUGCUUACUACUGCAACCGGAAGUGCGUCCAUUGCCUUGGCCACUGCCGCGAUUGUCAUUUUCUUGAGUUCCUACUCCUUUUCGCUUACAUUCUUUGCCACAUUCACCAUCGGUUACGUCUUGACAUCGGUGACAUCAACUCUUGUGGCUCUUGGUUGGACCCUCGGAUUUUUGGAAUCGAUCUGCUUUGCCAUUCUCAUUGGAGUCUCUGUGGACUUUGUGAUCCACUUUUGCCAUGCUUAUUCUCACGCUCACGGAGAUGUAGACCGCCACGAACGUACUCAACAAGCCUUGAUCCGCAUGGGUCCUUCGAUCUUGGCAGCCGGCGUGACCACUAUUGCCGCUGCUAUCAUUAUGUUGUUCACUGUCAUCAACUUUUUCCAGAAGUUUGCCUUAAUUUUGUUCAUGACCAUUAUCCAAGCCACUGUUGGAUCGUUCAUUGUCUUUUUGACUCUGACUGAUUGUGUUGGUCCUUCGAAUCCAACCUACAUGGCUGAUUUGAUCAAGGCGAAGCUUGGCUUUGGUGGAUCAGAAGACGACAGCGUUACUCCGAAGAAAAAGAGAGACGGUACCGAGCUCACGACUGAAAGCUCUCGUUAA